UCACCGCAGGGAACUACUGAACAUUUGUCCUUUUUAGUUCCUAGUUUAGUCGCAACAAGAAGGCGCUUGAUUUGUUUUACACCAUUUUAAGACCUUUUACCUGUAAAAGCAUACAUUAUGUAUUUUAUAGAGAGAUGCCUACCUGGCAGUUAUGAAUCUGUUUAAAUAUGAUUUAAAUAUUGUUUUAGGAGCUAGCUUUCUAGGACAGCCAUGCAUACGUGAUAAGAUGUCAAGAGUGUGGAGUCAACGAGCCUGACACCUAGUUUUUAAGAAGGUCCUUGCACCAGAAGACCUGUAUGAAUCCCAGUGAGCUAUAAGCUCAAACUAUCAAUUUUCUAUGCCAUAUCUCCAUUCCAAACUUUAUUUUCCACUCCACUUUUCCCACUCCACUUUUUCCACUUUUCCCAGUGUUAAACCUGCCACCCUCUUCUAAACCUGUCUCCACCCCUUCCCCUUAACACGGAUGCCACCGUGCCGGCAGCUCGGCAGCAUUGCAAUGCUGGGUUGUUUGCUGCGAAGGAGCAUGUCGCACAGACUGAGUAUAUUGCUGGUUCUCUUCGGUCUCGUGUGGUGUCUGCUGCUGCUUCAUUACACCGUCACACAACCACGUCGCCAGAGCAGCGCUGAGCUUCGCCAGCAGAUCCUUGAGCUCAGUCAUCGCUAUGUCAAAGUCCUCAGCCAGGAGAAUCAGAACCCUUCAGGGCCCCAGGGCACCUCCAUGGCAGGAUAUGCUGAUCUGAAGAGGACAAUUGCCGUGCUGUUGGACGAUAUUCUAAACCGUUUGGUGAAGUUGGAGGGGAAAGUGGACGUUGCUGUAAACGCAUCGGUGCACAACAUCUCUCAUCCUGCCGGGGGUGCCGGCACUGUCCUUGCUGCUGGAAUGACUGUUUCCAGGCCUACCAAGCUAAAUUUGCCUACCCAUCGGAGAGACCGGCGUACUAACCCACUACAGUUUCCGCCACAGUCGCCCGAUAGACCACAUAAGCCGCACUCUUCACAAUAGCAAUCUGUGCCAUGGACUUCUGUCAUUACUGGAAAAGACUGAAAUGUACAGAGAUAUAUAUUUUUUAGAUCAAAGCAGCUUUUUAGACUUUCUUUAGCCAUUUGAGCUUCUGCUUGAUUGUUUUGUGUUUUAUUAGUGGAUCACACAAUAUUUUAUUACGUAUGUGCAAUAUGGAUCGUAAGAUCUGGAGGACUUGUUAUAUACGGAUGAGUGUUUCAUAAUAUAUGUGCAAAACACUACACAAGUAGAUCUCCACUGCUAACAAUGUGUUAGAUGCACUUAGAUUGACUUUAAAGAAGAGGCUUACACGUUUAUGACAUUUUUAAAUUAGAGUACACACAUUGCUGAGCUUUAGCUAUUUAAAUGUGGAGAAAAUAAGCAAAUCCAAAGAAUAUUUAUAUUCUCAGUGAAUAGAUUAUUAAUGUGUUUAUUACAGAGUGAGUGUGAAUUUAAGGAUGGAGGAUAUACCUCAUGUGCUUUCAGGACAUGAACCCCAGCAAAACUGAAUAAGCUUUCCAGAAUUAUCUGUACCACACAAAACAUAAAUGACUGCGUACAAUAAAAUACAU